AUAAAUUCUUAAUUUUGUUUAUCAAUGUUCACCCGCAAACAUGUAAAAAUAUUUGAGUGUUGAAGUAUCUGAAUUCUGUUAAGGACAUUGUAUAUACAAACCUAUAAGACAUUUUUUCACAAACCAGUCUAUGCUGUGAGAACUUCUACCAGUUGACAAUCAUCGUUAAAGAAAUACUGUACCCGAAAAUAUAUUUUUUUAUGUUACCGAACCUGGUGUAGUUUGUAGUGAUGGCAAAUUAAAACUGUUAAUCACAUGGUUUUAUACAGAAUGGAGAGAUAAAGUUUAUGAUAUAACGGGCAUGUAUGGUAACCAAAGCUGAAUAACAGCAAAUUAUAUUAAAAAUGUCCAUAAAUAAAAAAAUAAAAAAAUCACACAUUACUCUUGUCGCAUAAUCCAUGUCAAAUCAUCCAGUCACAACAUCCCAAUCGCAUGUAUUUUUAAAUAAAAACAUUUGGCAAAGGUUGUCAUAAACAAAAAUGGAAAGUACUUAGAUGCAAACAAGCAUUUGAAUUGCAGACCUGAUUUUUAUCUUUACAUUUAUACUCAUAUCCACAUCUAGAGUACCUCAGGAUUAUUUAUCAUUACUCACUGAAACUGCACAGGUGAAUUGACCUUCUGCUGGCUGAAUUACUUCAGAUAUGCAUAAGUACGAGGCAGAUGCUUGUCCUGAUAAUGUUUUCACUUGCUACUUUUUAACUUUUAAUCUUUAGUUCUACAUGAGCUCAGUACACACUUUUUGUUGCUAUUACGUGAAGCACAAUGUUAUCCAGUGAAUAAGCUUUUAAUGUGCUGGACUCCUGACCAAUGAAUCAGGUAGAGAGUAGGGUCUUCAGUUUUUAAAUGCUCAGGUGCAUCUGAGAAUAUUCCAUUUUCAUUCAUAUGAGAUUGUUCUGGAAGUGUUCUAUUUAACAAUGUUUUAUGUAUGUGUGACAUUGUGAGCAUAUGACUGGAUGACAUUUAUGUGAUAUGAGAAACAGGAGAUUUUUUUCAUGAACAUUUGUUUACAUUGUUUGCUGUUGUCCUAUGUUGAUCACCAUAGAUGCCUAUUCUAUCUGAAUCUUUAUUUCCUUCUGCCUGAAAACAUGAGAUUAAAAUUUUUCAUGGCCACCACUACAUUCUACACAGGGUAAGUAACAUAUACGAGUACAAACCUCCUUUUUGGAUGGAACAUUCCUUUAAAUAAAAAAUGCAAAUUGGGCAGGUAACUACAGACUGGUAAAUGUAAUCUAUGUCAAAAGUAAAUUAAUGAACACUUUCUUUCUGCAAACAAAUAGGCUAGUGUGUGAAGUGACAAUUCUUAAAUCUGCUGUGUGCAAGUGGGCACUGUGGUGGACUGGUUCUUUGUUAAGGCCUGUUUCCUUCCUUGUGCCCAGUACUGCCAGGAUAGAUUCUAGUCCAGGCCCAUGAACUACAUUCAGCAGGUCUCAGAAUAAUAUGGUAUGGUAGUUAUUAAAGGCAAUAUUGGUCCCACCAAUACUGGGGGGUUUUGGGUAGUGCUUGGAUGUUUCAAGCACAAGGAUAUCUUUAGCAAUUGUUUAAAAGUUUAGAUGGCACUGAAUAGGGAAGAUUAAAGUCUCUAGGGUAUCUGUUAAAAUCUCUACAGAUGGAUAUGGACAAAAUUCUGAUUUUGAUUAGUACUGUUCAGCUAAAGUUAAAUGUGAAGUCUUACCUUUUGAAAUUCCAAAAGUUUCAAAAUCUAGUUGCACAAUAAUGGGUUUAAGGCUUUAUUAUAAAGCUUUCACCUUAUUAGGAAGAAUCUAUACAGUGUUCAGAAGCAGUUGAAAUGUUCAAUAGCAACCAUGCUGUGGGGAGUACAAACCAACAGGGGUUAUUAUGCAAAGUGACAAGGAAAACUCCAGAAAAAGCAAUUGUUACAAAGAAUGGAUGAAGGCAUUAACUCAAGUGUGUUCUGUGCUUUUUUUUAUUCAGUUUUGAGUUUAUUCUGUUGUGUUCUGUUCACAGGUUGGAAAAAUGAGGCUGGCUUAACACAUGAACAAAUGGAGCAGAUGUGCCCAGGUGUCAAUGAGACUGCAGAGAUGAGCCAUAAAUGUGACGAGCUGGCUUUUAAAGAACACAGAAAUGAUGAGAAAAAGGAAAAUCUCUUGCUACACAAGAACCUCAUUUUCGCUGAUACCACAGAUCAAAGAAGUGUGGACAUUAAGAAAGAAGAUUGUGAAUGGGAAUCCAUUCACCUGGAAAAUCAUGGAAUUAAGGAGGAGGAGGAUAGUGAGUGGGUGUCAGUAAGCAUUAAAGAAGAAUACGAGCCAAGAUCGAUUAGCUCAGACAUGCUGAAAAAUGAAAUUGUAAGCAGCAUAAAGGAAGAAGUCAUCAAAUCAGAGCCUUUCUUUCAGUAUGUGUGUUCAGGUGAAGAGCUGCCUCAAAUAGGCUUUACAUCGAGCAGUCACCAUACCCUAGAGUAUCAUUCUGUUCAUCUGAAGUCCGAAUCAUUGGAGCCGGAGAUAAAGACCGAGGAAGCAUCAUGUUCAAGUCAAGAUUUACAGGGGAGUGCCUUUGCCUCACCAUCAUCAGUUGUUCAGAACUCUCUUCAGCGCAAAACACAGCAGAUAAUGCAUGAUGGAAAAAUGAAGAUACUGGAGUCUGGAUCAGAAAUUUUAAUUACUGACACUUUACAGGAUAACUCUACACCCAUUGUAAAACUAAUAAGGUCAGAUACAACAAAUAUUAAAGAACAGGUGCAAAAUUCAAAUGGAGAAGAUUUGCAUAUCUGUGAAUAUUUGGGAGAAACUAAUAAAUGCAGAGAUGAAUGUAAAGAUGAUCAGAGGAGUUGUAAAAGUCGGGAGUCAUAUUGCUGUUCUGUUUGUGGAAAACAAUUCUUUAAGAAUUGCCAUCUUCAGACUCACAUAAGAAUUCACACUGGCGAGAAACCAUACUGCUGUUCUGAAUGUGGAAAACAAUUCUCCAGCAGCACCAAUCUUCAGAUCCACAGAAGGAUUCAUACUGGAGAGAAGCCAUAUUGUUGUAAUGAGUGUGGCAAACAAUAUUUGCAAAAAGGCCAUCUUCAGCACCAUUUAAGAAUUCACACUGGUGAAAAGCCGUAUUGUUGUUCUGAAUGUGGUAAACGAUUCACCAGGAAUAGCAGUCUUCAGAUUCAUCAAAGAAACCACAAUGGUGAGAGUCCAUAUUGUUGUUCUGAAUGUGGCAAGCGAUUCACCACCAACAGUAAUCUUAAAACCCAUACAAGAAUCCAUACGAAGGAGAAGCCACAUCAGUGUUCCGAAUGUGGCAAACAAUUUUGUAGCAGUAGUAAUCUCAAGAUCCACACAAGAAAUCACACUGGGGAGAAGCCAUACUGCUGUUCUCAGUGUGGAAAACGAUUUGCCAGAAAUAGCCGUCUUCAUAUGCAUGAAAAAAGGCACAAUGGUGAGAACCCGUAUUGUUGUUCAGAUUGUGGCAAACGAUUCAGCACCAAUGGAAAUCUUCAGGUACACAAAAGAAUUCACACAGGAGAGAAACCAUACUGCUGUGAGGACUGUGGCAAGCAAUUCAUCACUAGUAGUCAUCUUCAGAGGCACAGAAGAGUUCACACUGGAGAGAAACAAAACAUCACUUCAAAAAACCACCUCAUGACUCAAGAGUGAAGUUCAUUCCUGUAUUAAAAGUAUGCAAACUAAACCACUGUUGAGAAAUUAACCCUAUGGAUGCAUCAGAUGUGGAAUAAAACCGUUAAAAUUGUACCAGUGUUGCACAACAGGUCUUCUCCAAAAAACAAAAAAAAAUGUUUCAAGGUUCAUCUGGAUGCCCUACUAAUUAUCAUCACCACAUACAAACCACAGCAGGAAGAACUAUUACAGACCACAGAAGUACUGCAUCGAGCCCUUUCUGCAAAUUGUAUGGGAGUAACAGCAUAAGCAAUAGAACACUACACCAAAAGUAAAUAAUGAGGUUCACUUCUGUUUGGAAAGGUACAAAACAAUUGGAGAAAAAUAUCCCCAAGCAGUUUUCCUAUUCUGUAGACAAAAAUGCAAUUAGUAGCAGUCUUCAAUGAAGAUGUUACACCGAUCCCUCGCUGCAAAUUUAAGGUGAUGAGGUACAGUAGUACUACAGAAACAUCAUGACUAAAGAGUAACUUUCACUCCUGUCUUGUAAGCACACCACAAAAAUUUGGAGAAAAUAACUACAGCAAAGCAUAUUGCUGAGAUGAUUGUUGGAAACAAUGCUCUGGAAGAAGCAGCUUUCAAACACAACACAAUGUACACUAGAAAGACACAAAUCCACUCCUGGUGUGAAGUUUGGUCAAAUGUUUUGUAAAACUUCCAAACCUUGUGCACAGAUAGAGGCAGUGAAGUUUGCUAGGAAUGAAGAAAGACAGAGGAAAAAAAAAAACCAACUUGCAAGGAUACAAAUAUUGUGAUAAAUAUUCUGAUUUCCUGCUCAAAAGUCCAUGUAGAUAAGGUAAAGAUUGCUUAGCAGAGACAAAUGAUUAAAAGAUGUUUCUUAAUCAUAGCUGUACAAGGUAGUUCAAUGCAUCAACAGAAAAAAAAAUGGAGAAAUGGAUAAGAGAGUUAGAGAAAUGAACUUGUUCUGGUUCUGGUGAAUUAGGGCAACAAAGUUGCCAUUCUGAAAAUUCUACAAAAAACAGAUUACUGCACCAGACCAUCACUCAAUAGACGCUGAGCACACAUCCUAAACAAAAUAAUGAAAAAAAUAAGGUGCUGCUAGUAAUGGGGAAAACACAGAGUCCAGCUAAGAGAAAAAUUGAUGCCAGGAAACUGAAUGCACUUGUUUUAUAUAUAAUAAAAAAAGCAAUCAAACCUUGACCUUGGAUGAAGAAUUUUCAGUCCCAGGUGACUACUAAUUUCUGAGAAUGGAGAGGCAACAAAAAAAACAAAACACUGGACUCGAAUUUUACUUGCGAUACAGAGAAAUUCUAUUUGUUUGGGAGAGGACUAUACUGAUUUUUGGUUUAUGAAUAACUGUAUGAUCAUUAUGAAUUAUGUAGUUUAUCUUACCAUGUGCACAUACUGAAUGUAUUCAGAAACAUUUUCUCUCCAAUAAGUAAAACUACAAGGGUCAUUCAGAAAGUUUCUGCACUUUUAUAUUUCCGAUGGAAAUGGUGAAGGUGGGAGGAGUAGUAAAUGGGCAUUAAAAAGUUGGUACGACACUGCA